AUGUCGAAGGCGGCCGCCGGCGCGGCGGCGGAAACUUGCGCCCCGACCCCCGGCGGCCCGUCGCCGGCCUCGGCCGCGGACGACCUGUCCAAGGUGUCGGACGAGGAGCUGCUGCGUUGGAGCAAGGAGGAGCUGGUCCGCUGCCUGCGGCGCGCCGAGGCCGAGAAGGUGAGCGCGAUGCUGGACCACAGCAACCUCAUCCGCGAGGUGAACCGCCGCCUGCAGCUGCACCUCGGCGAGAUCCGCGGGCUCAAGGAUAUCAACCAGAAACUCCAGGAGGACAACCAGGAGCUGAGGGACCUCUGCUGUUUCCUCGACGAUGACCGGCAGAAAGGCAAGAGGGUGUCCCGGGAGUGGCAGAGACUGGGCCGCUACACUGCUGGGGUGAUGCACAAGGAGGUGGCCUUAUACCUGCAGAAGCUGAAGGAGCUGGAGGUGAAGCAGGAGGAGGUGGUGAAGGAGAACAUGGAGCUGAAGGAGCUCUGCGUGCUGCUGGAUGAGGAGAAAGGUGCGGGCUGUGCAGGCAGCCGCUGCUCCAUCGACAGCCAGGCCAGCCUGUGCCAGCUUGCUGCCACCACUGCCCCCUAUGUGCGGGAUGUGGGUGAUGGCAGCAGCACUUCUAGCACAGGCAGCACUGACAGCCCGGACCACCACAAGCACCAUGCGAGCACCAGCAGCCCUGAGCACCUGCAGAAGUCCCGGGGAGAGGGCAGCCCGGAGCACUCCAAGCACAGGAGCACCAGUCCUGAGCACCUACAGAAACCCAGGGCCACUGGGACUCAAGACCACUCUAAAGCACUCAAAGGGCCGAGCCCUGAACACCACAAACCCUUGUGCAAGGGCAGUCCUGAACAGCAAAGGCACCCUCGCCCUGGGAGCAGCCCAGAGAUGCUGCCCAAGCACGUGCUGAGCAGGAGCCCAGAACACUUCCAGAAGCACAGGCCGGGGAGCAGCCCUGAACAUGCCAGACACAGCGGAGGCAGCCCUGAGCAUCUUCAGAAGCAUGCCCUCGGUGGCAGCCUGGAGCAUCUGCCCAGAGCCAGGGGUACCAGCCCCGAGCACCUCAAACAGCAUUAUGCCGUGAGCCCCGAUCACAAACAUGCGGGUGGAGGAGGUGGAGGCGGUGGUGGAGGCAGCCGGGAAGGCACUCUCCGAAGGUCGGCGCAGGAGGACUUGUCACCCCAUCACCGGAGUGUCUACAGUGGCAUGAAUGAAUCAACCUUGUCCUAUGUUAGGCAGCUGGAGGCGAGAGUAAGACAGCUGGAGGAAGAAAAUCGCAUGCUGCCCCAGGCCACCCAGAAUAGAAGGCAACCUCCAACUAGAAACAGCUCAAAUAUGGAGAAAGGCUGGGGGCCCAGAGCCCGGCGGGUCUUGCAGUGGUGGCAAGGGUGCCGAGGAAUAGGACGAUGCCUGCCCACUCUCCCGGGUUCUUUUAGGUUGUCAUCAGGGGCUGAUGGGACUAACAGUUCACCCAACUCUCCAGCUAGCCUCAGUGGACAUACCACACCUUCUCAGCAGCCUGAACCCGUGGUACAUUCUCUUAAGGUCUCAGAUGUUCAGGAAACUAUAGAUCGUCAACAGGGUAAAGAGUAUGGACAUGACCUUAGUGAGACAGAAAAAGCUAUAGUCAGAGAAAUGUGCAAUGUUGUAUGGAGGAAACUUGGCGAUGCUGCAGGUUCCUGUCCUGGAAUUAGACAACAUUUGUCUGGAAACCAGUACAAAGGACCAAUGUGAGAGAAGUACUCUCUUUUCAAACAUGUGAUCACCACUGCCAGAGAGAAGAGGAUUCCACAAAGGUGGACUAAUAUGGAAUAACAUGGAGCAAUGAUUCACUGCAUCCUUUUCCCUCUAAGUCCUUUAGUAUAACUAACUGUAUUUUAUGUCUCUCACUUUGGUGUCCACAGCAGUCAAACAAGAUAGCUUUGAAACCACCAUUUUGGUACCACUAUUUUCAUUAGAACAGAAACAAUGUUCAUUCCUCAGAUCUGCAUGAUUGGGAGAAUCCAGUGGUUUUGGUAGAGUUGACUCACUGCAUAUAAUGGUGGUAGUUUUCUACCAUGUUGUAUUGAAGAUAAGAAAAGGUGUCUUCUAGCUUCCCAAGUUUGAGAGUUAGGCAUCUAUUUCUUAUAUUUUAGGCAACAACAUACUAGUUCCUGAUGCAUAAUUAAUUUGGAUGCCAGGUAAGAUUACAUUUCUGUUUUCUUUUUGUUUGUUUACUUUUGAGGUGCUAAAAUAUCACAUAAAUUCUUACCAGCUAGAAGGGUAGCAAGACUUUGUAGAAUGCUCAUCAGAGUACCAUGUAUGUCAUCUGAUCAAAACAAGCCUAUUAUUUCUUUUAAUGUUGAUGUAUUGUUUAUAAAGACACAUUUUGGGGACAUAUCAACCUCUGUAUUAAUUCAGUAUCUCCAUUGAUGUUAAUAUUAACAAUUUGAAUUAAAAAACAAGUUAACAUAAUUUUUCUAAGUGAUUCCAGCUAUGAGAUGUCAGUUUCUGCAGUUUAGUUUCUAGACAUGUGACAUUUAAUAAUCUUUGUGUAAACUUUAAAAUAUUGCACUGCAUUUAUGAAAAAAGCUUUCUUUGCCUAUAGCAGUUAUCUAAUGUUUUCUGAAACUGACACUGCAUGUCCAUUAUUGAGGCUAAAAGCUCUUGUUCAGAUUGCUUGAGGUUUGAAAAAGAGGUGUGCUAGCUUUGCUUAGUUUAUUUCUUAUUUUGGUAUAUAUAAAUAUUAGACUGUGUGUAUUGGAAAUGCUAUGAUAAGUAUUUUGUGUUUAUCCAAAUGAAAUGAUAGUUUCUUGUAUGAAUGUGCAAGAGGCCUGUGACAGAAUGCUACGUUUUUACUGUAGUUUAAGAUUAUAAAAGUAGGAAUGCAACAAUUCCCAGUUUUUGAAUUUCUUCUGAAUUAGAUUUGAUUCAUAGAAGAUAUUCUAUUGUUGUUUUUAAAUGGGCUCAUUACACAGUGUAUUAAUUGCCAUUGGUGAAGGAAUGUGAAGGAUUUUGUUAUACUUUUAAAAUGUUAGUGUGGAGAAAACCUCAUCUUCUAUUUUCAGAAAAUAUUUAUGAAUUAAUUUACUAUAGAAUUAUCUCUCUAAUUACCAUAAUUGGGUUACCAUUUAAGCUUAUCUUACUUUUAAUAUGUUAUAUAUUUUUGAAAUACUAUUACUCUGUAAAAGAAAAUUGCUUGCUAUAUUUACACCUUCUCACAUAGAAAACCUUUUAUCCUUAAAUUGUUGUAUUCCUACACUGACAAUUAAAACAAGUUUUUGUGCCUGCAGUAGAGCCUGCAGACGAUAAUACCAGGAACACUGGUCUUUUGACAAAAAUCUUGUGUACAUUUUGAUACUGUAUUAAAACUAUUUUUUUAAAGUUCUGCAUAAAAUUAAGUAUCAAGUAAAUGUGUUCAUCUUAGAAAUGGUAAUAAAUUAUUUAAUCUCAGUGUUUUUUUUUCUUUAACGUAUUCUUCC